CACACACAUUCCAAUUGUUAUUGGUGCUCAAACGCGAUAUGAAAUAACUGGUGAUGAACUUUAUAAGGAAAUAAGUGCAUUCUUCUUAGAUGUUGUAAACACGACCCAUAGUUUUGCAACAGGAGGGACUUCAGUGUCCGAAUUUUGGAAAGACCCGAAAAGGUUAGGUGACAUGCUACAUUCCGAGAAUGAAGAAUCCUGUACAACAUACAAUAUGCUAAAGGUUUCCCGUAACCUGUUUAGAUGGACAAAACAAGUGAGUUAUGCAGAUUAUUACGAGCGAGCACUUACAAAUGGUGUGUUAAGUAUACAAAAGGAAAACGAACCUGGUGCAAUGAUCUAUAUGCUUCCUCUUGGUCAUGGAGUCUCCAAAGGAAGAAGUACUCAUGGUUGGGGAACUCAGUUUAAUUCUUUCUGGUGUUGCUAUGGAACAGGAAUCGAGUCAUUCUCAAAGUUAGGAGAUUCUAUAUACUUCGAAGAGGAGGCGCAAAUGCCUCAGCUUUAUGUGAUUCAGUACAUACCUAGCUCAGUCGAUUGGGCUUCCACACAAAUAUCACUAAUCCAAAUUGUAGAUGAUGUUGUUUCCUGGGAUCAGAGCCUCAAAGUAAAAAUACAAGUGUCAGCCAAGGAGGGUUCAGGGAUGGCUACCUUGAACUUUCGGAUUCCAUCUUGGACAUCUUCGAGCGGCCUAAAAGCUUUUCUUAAUGGCGAUCUUUUGCCUUUGUCAAAUCCAGGUACUUUUCUAUCUGUAUCUAGGAUUUGGGGUAAUGCAGAUGAAGUUGAACUACAGUUUCCUCUGGUACUCAGAACAGAGUUUGUACAAGAUGAUCGCCCCAUCUUUGCUUCCCUUCAAGCAAUUUUGUAUGGACCUUUCUUGCUCGUGGGUCUAUGUAUGGGGGACUAUGACAUCCAAGUUGGAUCAGUGGACUCUACUUCAGAUUGGGUAACUCCAAUUUCAUCUGACUAUAACUCCCAUCUGGUUUCUCUUGCACAAGAGAGUGGAAAUACAAGGUUCUUCCUCUUCAACCAGAACCAAGUCAUCAAGAUGCAUGCUUCACUUCAAGAUCGAAAUGACUCAUACGUGCAUGCUACUUUUAGGCUCAUUUUGGAGAAGGAAAUCUUAGGACAAGAAGGUAUUAUUGGACAGUCAGUCAUGCUAGAACCUUUUGAUCUUCCCGGAAUGGUAGUUGCUUACAAUUAUCAAGAGGCACCUAAAGACGGGAUCAUGGUUGUUGAUUAUAGCGCUUUUGACCACAAGGCGGGAUCUGCUGAAUUUCUGAUCGUCAAGGGAUUGAAUGGUAAAAAUGGAACGAUUUCCUUACAAACAAAAGCCGGUUGUUUCAUAUAUGCUGGUGUGAAGUAUUCUAAAUCGGACACUAAUGUGAUAAUGAGCUGCAAAAAUGAAUCAUCUUGGGAUAGUAUGUUUAAGGAGGCAGUGAGCUUCACAUGGAACCAGGGAUUGAAAAGUUAUCAUCCUGUGAGUUUCAUUGCUAAAGGGUUAAGGAGAAGCUAUGUUCUUGAACCGUUAUUUGGAUUGAAAGAUGAAUCCUACAAUGUGUACUUCAAUAUUACCAAGUAGUACUAGAAGUCUUUAAGGUUCGUUUUAUGUCCACCCUUUUUUUAACUUCGGUAAAUAAUAAGAUGUAAUUAAUGGAUUGUGGCUUGCCAUUUACUAAUAAGUAAAUUUGUUGUA